GGUGCGGCUGCGACUCCUGCAGUAGAGCUGCACCUCCUGAGCCUCGUUUCCUCGGACACGUGCUUUCUCCUUUCCUCCCCCUUCCUAAAGGAGUCCGCAUCCCUUCGCCGCACGCCAGGGACGUGACGUUCUUGCCUGUGGACUGUAAAGAUCAACUAGUGUGAAAAUGGAACAAGAAACAGCAGGUUCUUCUCGAAAUACCGAACAGUCUAUUAUUUCAGAGGAGUUAAUUUCAGAAGGAAAAUGGGUCAAACUUGAAAAAACAACUUACCGAGAUCCUACUGGUAAAACAAGAACGUGGGAGACCGUGAAGCGGACAACCAGGAAAGGCCAGUCGGCUGACGGUGUGGCAAUCAUCCCUGUGUUGCAGAGAACCCUUCACUACGAAUGCAUCAUUCUGGUGAAGCAGUUCCGACCCCCAAUGGGGGGCUACUGCCUAGAAUUCCCCGCAGGUCUCAUCGAUGACAACGAAAGCCCAGAAGCAGCUGCUCUUCGAGAGCUCGAGGAAGAAACUGGCUACAAGGGCGAUAUUGCUGAAUGCUCUCCAGCUGUGUGCAUGGAUCCAGGCUUGUCAAACUGUACUGCACACAUUGUGACCGUCACUAUCAACGGAGAUGACGCUGAAAAUGUAAGGCCUAAGCCAAAGCCAGGAGAUGGAGAAUUUGUGGAAGUAAUUUCCUUACCAAAGAAUGACCUGCUGAAUAGACUUGAGGCUCUGAUAGCUGAAGAACAUCUGAUGGUGGACGCCAGAGUCUAUUCCUACGCUCUGGCAUUGAAACACGCAAACACGAAGCCGUUUGAGGUGCCCUUCCUGAAGUUUUAAGGCCGAAGGACAGUAGCCGUCCUUUUGUAAACAGGACACCAGGCCUCCUUCACUGAGACUUCAUAAUCAGCUUAGUUCU